AUGUCUUUCUACGAUUCCGACUCUGAUAAUGAUGCUCGCUCUUCUGAUCCUGGUCCCGAAGAAGGAGGUGUGGGCCUUGCCAAUCCCGCGCUAUCCCAAAGCCGUCGUAGACUGUUGGAUUUGAUAAAUCGUCUGCAUAGUACUGGUGCCCAGGUAGACAUCGACCUUCCUCAAAUCGCUGUGAUCGGAUCUCAGAGUGCCGGAAAGUCGUCUCUCAUCGAAUCAAUUUCUGGUAUUACCCUUCCUCGUGCGACGGGCACUUGUACAAGGUGCCCUACAGAGUGUCGUCUGGCGAACUCCAGUGACAUCUGGAAAUGCAUCGUAUCGUUGCGCUUCAUCAAAGACGUCAACGGUCAGUUGUUAGGUACUGCCCGUAACGAGCACUUCGGCGAGACUAUCUACGACAAGGCUGAGGUCGAAGAGCGCAUUCGACGGGCCCAACGUGCUAUCUUGAAUCCGAAUCGGCGUUCUACAGAGUUCCUCGAGGGCGAUGAUGAGGACCUCUCCGAAAACCAGCUUUCAUUCUCUACAAACUGCGUUUCGCUGCAGAUCACUGGACCAGGUGUUGCAGAUCUAUCUUUUUGCGAUUUACCUGGAUUGAUUGCGAGCGUUGGCAGUACGGGAAAUAAGGGCGAUAUCAUGCUUGUCAAGACUCUUGUUGAAUCGUAUAUCUCCAAACCGAGUUGCCUGAUUCUCUUGACCGUAGCCUGCGAGACCGACUUCGAGAACCAAGGCGCUCAUCACCUAGCCAAGACCCAUGACCCUGAAGGGAAGCGUACUAUCGGUGUGCUCACCAAGCCAGACCGCAUCCCUCCCGGUGACGAAACGGGAUGGCUGGAUUUCAUCCGCAACGAAAGGGAGCCUCUUGAAAACAACUGGUAUUGUGUCAAGCAACCUUCGUCCUCGGACAUCAAGAACGGUAUAACUUGGGCUGAGGCGCGCACCAAAGAGAACGAGUUUUUCUCCAUGACUGCUCCGUGGGCGGACCUCGAUCCCAUGUACCAGCGCUAUCUACGCACUGUGAACCUCGUCGAACGUUUGAGCAACAUUCUAUCUGACUUGAUCUCCAAACGACUUCCAGACAUCCAAUUGGAGCUCGAGCGCGCUGUCGAAGGAACCCUCGACCAACUGGCCAAACUGCCCAAGGAACCAUCCAAGAAUCCCCUCCACGAGAUUUCAGCGCUCCUCUCGGCAUUUACUAUGGACGUCUCCAAGCACGUUGAAGGUAUACCUGAUGAGGAAGGGAUCCUCCAAUCCAUCGGACCGGCUCAGGAAAGGUUCAAGAGGGACAUUCGGGGGACAGCUCCACAGUUCCGUCCGUUUGAGCGGAACCGUGUUGGCACUCAGACUCUCGAUGCUCCGUUGUUCUUGAGUAACGAGGAAGAUGAGACAGAGGAGGGAGAAGACGCUCUCCAGGAGUACAUCUGUGUGGACGAAGUACACACCAGGGCUCUUCACGCACGUACUCGGGAGCUUCCAGGACAUUUCCCAUUCGUCGUACAAGCAUCGUAUAUCUUCAUGUUCACCGACAAGUGGCACACCCCUGCCAAGACACUCUGCCGAGCUGUUUACAACGUCCUCACCGACCACGUCAACAGGCUUAUCACUCAACAUUUUGGAUCCUUUGGGCAAAAUAUCUUGGAGCAGCGCGUUCGGGUAUACGUGCAGGAGCACCUCAAGAAACAGCUUGAGCAGACCGAGGCUCGAAUCGAAUGGCUCGUCAAGUUGGAAGCUCGACCGUAUACUCUGAACACUCACUACCUUUCGGAUUAUACCGAGAAAUUUCUUGCGUACUACAAAGCUGCCAGGGGCAAGCAAGAACACGGAGCUUUGGUAUCUUUACUGAAAGACUCGGGAAGCUCUUAUGACACUGUCGGCGCAAUUCUGUCUGGCCUGGACAGUAUUGGCAUCCAUGGGGUCGAGGGUCCAGACUUGGCGAAGCUGCUUCCUGCGGAUCGCAUGGAAGCAUCUUUGAAGAUAAUGGCAGACGUUCGUGCAUACUUCCAAGUUGCCUACAAACGCUUCGCCGAUAAUAUCCCUCUCGCCAUCGACUACGACCUCGUUCGAGGUGUCGACCGAGGGUUAUUGGCCACUUUAUCCAAGCAACUGGGAAUCUACGGAGCGAACGGACAAGCAAUCUGCAAGGAAUUCGCCCAAGAGUCACCCCAAGUCGCAGGUCGCCGUGAGGAAUUGACGAAAAAGCUGGAGCGUUUGCAGAGCGCCAGCGAAGAGUUAAUGCGAACCGGAUAA